AUGGAAGAGAUUCUCAUCCCAGAAGGUAAAAGUCUUCGGUAUCGAUGUGGACUCGAGGGUUGCAUUUGUGAUAAGCACUUUUCUGUUAUGUCUCUAUUGGAACAUUUCGCUUCACAUUUUGCGAAGUCGAAUGGGAACAGUCAUUAUAAUUACCGCUGUUGUGGCUGUGGAAUGUACUUUUACACUUUGGGAAUGACCGAAAUGUGCAGGUGCAAGAGCAAGAAGGACGGUAGACUAGAAUUGGUCCGAACAGAUUUGUCGUUGGCUGCGGCUAGACGAGAUAUCCAUUUCUGCUCAUAUCUAAAACGCUUCAUCAUCCCUGUAUUGGUUAGCGAUGAUCCUUCCACGAAUCAUCAAACUACGGGCUCGAACGCAUCAAGAAACCAAGCGAACACGAACAAGUCACGAGCAACUCCCAGAACUCCAGUGGAUCGUUCCUGGACACCCAGGGAGCAGGAGGAGCAUGACGAUUCUCGAGACAUGAACGUGCCGAUGAUGCGGUCACCAUCGAUGUAUGCUGAUGGUACACCUCGUACUCCGCGAGAGGAUGACGAAGAAGAGGAAGCCGAACCUGCCUACGCAAGAGCGAUGCGUACUAGGAGUCAAAGUCGUGUUGGAUCUCCAACUCGUAUGGACAGCACUACUAGUGAACGUUCAGCAACGGGGAAUGCAUCAACUUUGUCAAACGGGUCGGUGGAUCGACCAUCGAUGCAGCAGGCAGCAACAAAUGCAUCCAAUCGUACAUCAUUUGGAUGGCUCCCGCCUCAAACCGAUACAAAUCCGUUCAGUGGUAGUCUUCCUUCCGCGUCAAGCAAUUCCGGUGUUCUAGAUGCACAUCGACAACACGGAGAAGGUGUGACGGACAGUAGGCGGGCAUCGACCCCAAGUCACUCUGAAAGAGACCAGCAGUCGCAGCGGCAAGAUUCCACGCCUUCCACGCAGCCAAAUGUUCCACCUCCGCCUCCUCCGAUACGUCAAGACCCACACCAAAAAGUU